GGAAGGUGAACGGAGCCUCAGUGAUAAGAGUCUCGGAAGCUCACAGAGCCUGAGUGAAAGCUGUCUGCACCGGGGGGCAAGCGGCUCGAGCCCGGGGGUGAGGAUCACCACGAGCGGCUGAUUAUUGAAGACUGAAGAGAAUCACAAAGACACAUUUUUUAGCAAGAACUUCAAACAAACAUCCCAUCAAGAUGUGAGUGAAUCAAUUCACUGGGACAUGAAAGCCAUUGGAUUUUUAACAUUUAUCUAUUCUGUCUGCGGGAAAAGAUUUCCAACAUCAGCAAGACACAUCCACCCCAAGUAAGUGUUCUUGUGAACUGACUGUUGGCAGGUCUUGAACCAGUUACACAACCUGAAUAAUAUCACACCAUUCAAAGUGUGAAACUGUAUCCCUGUCCUGUGCAUGUGCGAGGAGUCAGCUGAUCAUUCAAUAUGGAGAGACAUGAAGACGCCUGCACCACAGAGAAACCAUGGAAAUGUGCGGACUGUGGGAAGGGAUUCAAAUACCCAUACCUGCUGGAAAUGCAUCGACGCAGUCACACUGGGGAGAGGCCGUACACCUGCUCUGUUUGUGGGAAGGGAUGCAAUUGGUUAUCUGACCUUCUUAAGCAUGAACGCAUUCACACUGGAGAGAAGCCGUUCAUCUGUCCCAAUUGUGGGAAGGGAUUCAGUGACUCAUCUAAUCUGCGAAAACACGAACAAAUUCACACUGGGGAGAGGCCAUUCAUCUGCUCUGAGUGUGGGAAGGGGUACAUUACAUCACCCCACCUGCUGAAACACCAGCGAGUUCACACUGGGGAGAAGCCAUUCAUUUGCUCUGAGUGUGGGAAGGGAUUCAGUGACUCAUCCAACCUGCUGACACACCAGCGAGUUCACACUGGGGAGAGGCCAUUCAUCUGCCCUGAGUGUGGAAAGGGAUUCACUACAUCACCCCACCUACUGAAACACCAGCGAAUUCACACUGGGGAGAGGCCAUUCAUCUGCUCCAAAUGUGGGAAGAGUUUCACUCAGUCGUCUCAUUUACUGACACACCAGCAAGUUCACACUGGGGAGAGGCCAUUCCCCUGCUUUGAGUGUGGCAAGGCAUUCUCCCGAUUAUCCCGGCUUCAAGCACACCAACUGGUUCACAGUGAUGAGGGAUCUUCCAAAUGUUCACACUGUGAGAAGAGCUUUAAAAGCAGACAUGAAGUGUUGACACACCAAUGCAUUCAACUGGGAAGAGGCCAUUCCCCUGCUCUGUGUGUGGGAAAUGAUUUGUCCAUUGAAAAAACCUUCUGAGACACCAACGAAUACACACUGGUGAGAAGUUGUUACCUGCUCCCUCUGUGAGAAUGGAUUUACUCAGUCUUCCCAACUGUUGAGACACCAGUAACUUAACAAGUGACUGCACGGCAGGUAUCUGUUGCUGUUGUUCUCAAAAUCUUUCCUCACAUUACCUCUGCAUCUCUUUCCCACAACUUUAAUUCUAGCUCCCCUAAUCCUUGCACCAUUACAGAAUGGAAACAAUAUUUUACUUCUCAACUUCAACUAAACUAAACCUGUCAAAAACUCAUGCACUUGAAACAUGGUGACUGGGACUAGACUCUAGUUUUGUCCUAAAGAGAGCUUUUUAAAAGGUCAGCAACUUUUUUCUGAUUUUCUCCUCGCUAUCUCAAUUUAUAAAUUGCGAGGUUCCAUUUGUUUUUCUCCCUUCUCUCUCAAUGUGUCCUGCCAUUUGUAUAGUGUCCCUACCUCUCAGCCAGAAGAUCCGGUUUCAAGUCCCACCUGCUGUGAAGCUGUGUAAUGCGUUUUGAUUCUUAUUUCUUAAUUGGUGAUUGUACCAAGUUCAUUGGGGUCUGUUUCUGCUGAGGGUAAUGAAGGUAAUGAUUGUUCCAUUCCCCUGAAGGACUGGGUGAUCGAUGUGAUGGGGAAUUGGUCUAUCCCCCUGGAGGACUGGGUGACUGAUGUGAUAGGAAAGUGAUUCAACCCCCUGGAGAACUGGGUGAUUGAUGCAUGGGGAAAUUGAUCCAUCCACCUGAAGGAUCAGGGAGCAGAUGCAGUGGAACAGGGAAAUACACGAUGCUUGUGAUGUGGCAUGUGGAGAUCAGCAGAUGGUGGCAUUGUGUCAUGUUAAACACCAGAGGGACAGAGAGGGAGACAGACAGACAGACAUUGUGACUCAUUGAUCACAGUUUGAAUGAAUGAAAUAAAGUGCAUCCCAUUGCAGACAAAGCUGAGAACAGAGAGGCACAAAACCAGAUUCAGAGAUGCUCAGACAGACACACACUUGGACAGGCAAACAGCCUAUUGCA